AUGGAAUUAAGAACAUUGACGCCUUUUAUGAUACAUGUGAUAUUCGAAAAUAAACGCAACGACGUAUUAUUUGCGUGGAUAUUUCAUAAUUGCGAUGCAUCGAGGAAAGAUUAUAUCCGGGAAUUAAUGGAACAUACAGAAGUACAUGCGUACGGUAACUGUCUGCAUAAUCAAGAUACUCCAGAUGAGAUGCUGAAGAAAUACGGACUGGAACAUAUGAUAUGUGACGGAGAAGUGUACUAUGCACUGUUGGUGGACGCUAUUCUUAUAUACUUGGGAGCAUCUGAUAUCGAUGAUUAUGUUCCGUCGGGGAGUGUGAUUAAAGUAACAGAUUAUGAGAACAUAACUGCAUUAGUAGAACAUACUGAAAUGAUAGCCAAUAAUAAGACACUGUACGAAGGUUACUUUGCGUAG